AGUCUGUGACCGGACCCGUCUUGGUAGUCCAGCGGUGUGUGUGUUUCGUGUGCAGGCAAGCACAAGACCGGUCGGGACAACGUGUAGCUGUCUUCUUUUCCGAGUCGCCGUAAGUAAUACUCUCGUUCCGUUUCAAUCCGUUCUCGCACAAUGCAUGCCUCGCUCACAGCACGUGUUUGACUUGUCUUUAGCUCGUCUGUCCUAGUUCCCAGAGACGGUCACUCUCCAACUCACGUCAAAGUCAAAAGCAUCUUCUUAGCCUAAAACGAGGUCCCACUUCCGUUUCCUGGAAUUGCAGUAGCUGAUGGUGGCUUCAACCAUUUAACGCACAAAGAAGAGCUUGCGCAUUUUUUUUACCAUGACCGCUCUUUCCCUUGCCUCAUCGUCUCUUGAGUCUGGAGUCAGUCGUCCUGCGCGAAAGGAAAACAGGAUCGUUGCCUUCUUUCGCUCUCGCUCUCGUUCUCGCUCCAGACCCCACCCCAAGUCGACUGUUACUCCAGGUGCUGCGCAAUCCACGACGAAUGUACCAUCCUUGCCUAUGGUGCCUGCCUCUAAGCUUCGCAUCAGUCAUGUGCGUUCCACCAGUUUGGCGUACGAACAAGGGCAUGCAGCCGACACCAGUAUGUCUGCUUCAGCAAGCCAGUCAGAUUCUAAGCUAGGCACGCGAACUUCGACACGCCCGAUAUCAUCCACGACCACUGCCACACACUCCACGAUCACCCCUCUUCCCUCCAACUCCAUCAGAAGAAGACAAAGAACGUCGCAUCACGUUUACUCGCACGAUUACACCCAAGGAGAAGAUCCCGAUCACCAGGCCAACAGAGAUCAGGUCACAUCUCAGGAGGAUCACGAUCGUGCAACUCGUUCGAACACUCCCUCUUCCCUUAAUCAGCGCCGGAAGUUAGAGCUGCGCUCUAUCUUUGGCAUUGCUCUGUCACGGAAGUCAUCGCUAUCCAAUCCGUCUCGGAAACCAUCACCAGGAUCUUCUGACCGCAAAACAUCGUCUUCAUCCCUCUCCCAAAAGGAAGCUGAGAACAUGCCCUCUCGCAAACGAUCAUUCAGGCUCAACUCUAGACCAAACACUCCAAAGUCUACUGACGAAUCGCGCGUUACGAAAACAUCCACCGGUACAAUACCCACUCCUUCCAAUCCCCUCCCACUGUCCGCAUCUCCCCGCAGACUUUCAUUUGGAUUGACAUCAGGUUCUCGCACGCAUACGCCAAUGACAUCAUCAGGCCACCUUCCCCUGGCUCCCUCGUCACGUCACAAACGACAUUCUGUCGGGUCUCAUGACACUGCUCAUGACAGUGCUGUCGCGUUACCUGAUGACCAUUCCGACACCGCCUUCACAUCGUCCAGUCAUAUAGACACUAGAUCUAAUUCAAAGACCAGUGCCUCUAGCCUUAGCCGCUUUGGAAAAUCUCGCAAAGGCAAAGAACAAGAACGCGAUAACAGCCAUUCAAAACUGCGGUCACAAACACGGAAGACACCUCGCAUGGAUGACUCGCGCCCUGGUAUUUUUGGCUCACUUUUGGAAGAGACGUCUCCCAUCAUCAACUUGUCCCCGCCUUCACCGCAGGACGACUCACGCGGCAAGUAUGACCUCGGUGGUCUCGUGGUAUCACUGUUACCCACGGUAGAGUCCAUGUCUGAAGAAGAUACAGCAGAACAACACCCCCUGAUUCGUGCACCGCAAGCAAGACCAGCCAUACCACACAUCAUCCAUACCCCACCGACUCCAAAAAGAACAGCGGAAUUAGAUUCCCCAGUGCGACCCGCUACCACACCACCAACGCUGAGCGGAGGACAGGGGAAGCCGCGCGAAGUUCUGCUCAGCAAGGAUUCGAUCACUGUUCACAGCGAACUUCCAAAGUUGCAUGCACGGGCAGCUCUAAGCGUUGGUUCUGACGGAGACCCUGCAUACAACCGCAUGCGUAGCAGAUUCUCACCCCGGCUGUUUGGGGGAAAAGAUUUAUCUAGAGAAAGCAAGAAGCAGAAACCCGGUGGUCGGCAUGAUUCCGCUGGGACUGUCGGUCCUCCGCGAAAUAUGACCAACCGUCGCAUCAAACAUGGAAGCUUUGACUUCGAGAGACCCGUAUCUGGUGUAAACAGGAGCAGCUCGACAGUCAACGCAUCGCUGGUAAAUGGCGAAGGCUUAACACAAUCUGGUAAAACUGGCGCGGCGACUCAUCGACCGACGGCCUUAGAACGAACAGCAUCAUCGUCAUCUGAUCGUACAGGGAAGUCGCGAAAAUUUGCGUAUCACCCCACUCAAGCCGACUCUCCCAUUCUUGCCCAGCUCUCUGCCAGUCAUACAGGUGAAACCUCUGUUGUUUCCUUCUCAUCAGCAUCUGCCUCUGCGCAGUCGAAGUCGACAGGAACAUCUGUUCCUGGUCCUGGACAAUCAUCCAGUUGGGGACGCGCAUCAGGCAGACGAACUCAACGCACGUCGCACGGACCGUUCCCCUUCGAACCGGCUUCAUCGGUUCCAAGUUCUCCUUUACCGACCUCCUCCGCACUGCCUUCCUACCCGCCAUCUCCUCACCAACAAGAGUUUGACAUUCCGGAAGGACCUGCUUCAUUUCCCCCUAGCUCUCCUCUACGGAGUGAGUUAGGGCUUGGAGGAGGUUCUAUACGUGACAAGAGCCAAAGUGCUCAUGGCCGUGUACAACAAUUACGUGAGCAAGGCAGCGAGAAGAAGGGCAAAGGCCGUUCACUCGAUCUUAAACUUGGUUUAUCUUGGGCACCUAAUCGCGUCCGUCAAGAAGCCAUUAUACAUGGAUCUCUCCUUGCGCAGAAGCACGAGGAGGAGCAUAAUCGGGGGAAGGAUGUCACCAAAGUCUUUGAGAACGUACUCUCCGAAUCCGGAUUCGAAACGUUCAAGAAGUAUGUCCACCGAUUUGACGCCCACUUGAUACCCCUAGAAGGGCCUCGGGGACUGCUAGCGCGCGUUGAAAAUUUACUCACUGCCUCGUCGUUAUCACAGACAGAAAAGUUGGAACUGCUGGACCAGUUUGCUCGAUUCGUGGAGGGGCAUAGCGAAGUCUAAUGGAUAAUAUCACGUCGUGUCAUGGGGAUUUAUGGGUUCUGAGAUGAGUAAUUAUUUCACAACACAUAUAAUGAAAUUUCGUCGUGGCUUCAUGUUUCAAAUAUGAUGCAUCGCCCUUAUUAUCCUGCAUCCUGUGCUAUGCCCUUUUUAUCAUUCUAUAUUUCACGCAUUCAACUUACACAGGUGCUUAUGUCUUUUGUCAUGAUCUACACGCAUUUUUUGUAUUGAUUUAAUUCGUUGCCUUAUGUUUUAAUUCAUGCCACGAUUCUGUUUGCAGUAAUUUAUGAGUUACAUCCUGUAAUUGAGGUUGUCAAGUUCUUGUACCUUAUGAACAGAUUGGAAAAAACAGUGAUAGAACUCAAGAAGAAAAAAUGCUAUUUUACACAUUUCUGGU